GAAGCCGCCAGGGACCUCUCCGGAAGUAGGGCACAGCUGCCAACUCGCCAUGCGACUAUUGCUCCUGGCUCCCGGCCGAGCCCAGACUGGCAACGGGACCACCGCCCGGAGGAUCCAAGAUCAUUUACAAGCUGCUGGGCAUUUGUGUAUCUUGAAGGACACCUCUGAUUAUGAGUCCCCAUUGGCAAUUUCCAAUCUCAUCUCUUCAGAGAAAUUGGAGGCAGCUCUGGGCAUCCAUCUCUUUAAAGCUGGAAGGCUCCUUCAAGGAAGUCCCGUUCCUUUUGGGAUUAUCUUUGGAGGCACAGAUGUUAAUGAAGAUGUCAAAAAUGAGGAGAAGGCCCAAAUUAUGGAGAAGGUGUUGGAUGAAGCCAGGUAAAGAAAUGUUCCUCUUACUCCUCCUCCUUAUUAUCCUAUCAUGAAUCAAUCCAAAUCGAUUUGGACCUUUAUCCCAAAGAAAUUGAAUGCAUGACCCAUCUCAUUUCUAGGGAUCGUGAGCCUUCCAAACAGGCGGCAUAACUGGGCUGGAUUUCUGCAGAGGGCAGGGAUUGCACAGAACGACCAGUCUCUAUACAUCUUCCUGUUGAUCUGUGGAGUAAGGAAAGUCAAAGAUCCACUUUAUCUACUGGAUGUUUUUUCAGAGUGGCAUCGGGAAGACCCCAGGGUGCACCUGAUCAUUGUUGGACCUGCUGCUGAUCCAACCUUCGCAAAAGAAGUCGAGGAGAAGGUGAACAAGGCAGAUGGGGUCCACUUAUUGUCAGAAGUCCCCCAGGAAGAUCUUCACGCCAUUAUGAAAAACUCUUUUGCCGUCGUUAACAGUUCCAUAUCCGAAGGGAUGUCAGCUGCAAUUUUAGAGGCAAUGGAUUUAAAUGUUCCUGUGCUGGCAAGAGACAUUCCAGGAAAUGCUGCUGUGAUUGUACACCAAACAACUGGAUUAUUAUAUUCGACUCCACAGGAAUUUGUCCAGCAGGCCAAAACUUUGAUGAAGGACCCAGUUUUGUACAAAGAGAUUGUAAGAAAGGCACAUGAAUAUGUCCUGAAGCACCAUUCAUGGGAGAAAGAAAGGAAGGUCUAUCAGAACCUUGUUUUGAGACUUCAUGAAUGUUCUUGUAUCAAAAAAACAUGAGUUACCAACCACCGUGGUCAACCGGGUUUUCAUCUUAAUCAUCUGAUUUGUCUUCCUUAAUGUUAUUGCCAUUGUUGAUUUUGUAGAUUUUGUUCUCCUUCAGAGUCAAAAUGUAGACCUCUACAGCCUGGCAGCCUCCAGGAGCAUGGGACUUCUGUUCCCAUAAUCCCCCUACUAGUCAUCACCAAAGGACUAUGGGAACCGAACUCAAACACAUUACAGAACCCCAAGUUGAAAAAAAAUCCUAAACAUACCGUUUAUUGUUGACUGGAAACACUUUAUAGAUUUUUAUUGCACGAAGCAUAAGAAAUUGAACUUAUGAUUUGUGGUUGGGAUGAUUAGAAGGAAUAGAUUAUAAGGGAAAAUAGUUGUGCUGUAGCCCACAGA